AUGGUCGCUAUUCGCCCUAGUGGUCUUUCAAAGACACAUCGAGACACCAACCUCCCGCCAACGGAUCUUGACCACUUACUUCACUUCUCGCCAAACGCCAGAUCGAUUUUCAUUGCUAAUCGGGAUGAAGAACCUAGCUGUCCUCUCGACACAUAUUCGCAGUGGGCCAAUAUCGCCUGUCUCACCAUCACCGAGACCUUUCCGGUUCAAGAGAAGGUUCGAAGCAUGGUCGAAGGUUGCGCCUCCCUCGUUUUGCUCAAGUACCUGGACUCUAGGGGGGGCACAUUCGUUCCACAUUGGCCAGUGUCACCCAGGGAGAUCAUCACCAUUCUCCGUGCGCACAAGAACACUCUUAACACCCUCCGCAGUCUCUCCCUCGAUCUCAAUGUCUGGUAUCGAGGGGAGUUCAGGGCCAUCAGGAGUCUAUCAGACUUCAAGCACCUCUGGAAUCUCUGGUUCGAUGUCUCGAGCGUGUUGACGAGAAUCAAGUAUGGCUCCUCCAGUCGUUCAGAUAAGCACAAGCGACUGACGCAUAAACGUUUCACCUCUUUCCCUCGAUCAAUCAAGCAUCUUUAUCUCGCGGGCAAUGAGCUCGGAGUUCGUUAUAACAUAUACGAGGUGUUGCCGAAUCGCGAGGAAUAUAUCAAACUCAGAGAGGUCGAGAUGGAGGAAUUGGUUCAGAGAUUGCCGGAACUAUGGGAUUCAGGCCUAGCGAACGAAGAAGAUGAUACGGACCAGAGCGAUGUUGACGACUGA